CCGGCGGGCCUCGCGGCGACGGAGUACGGAGACCCGCGGGCCGGCUGAGCUGCUGCGAUGCUGGUGGCUGCGGCCGCAGAGCGGAACAAGGAGCCUAUCCUGCGCGUGCUGCGGCAGUACAUGGACCCGGCCCAGCGCGGUGUUCGAGUGCUCGAGGUGGCCUCUGGCUCCGGCCAACACACGGCCCACUUCGCGCGGGCCUUCCCCCACGCCGAGUGGCAGCCGUCCGACGUGGACCAGCGCUGCCUGGACAGCAUCUCGGCCACCACUCAGGCUCAGGGCCUGUCCAACGUGAAGGCCCCGCUGUACCUGGACGUGACCUGGGAUUGGGAGCAUUGGGGCGGAAUCCUUCCCCAGUCGCUGGACCUGCUGCUCUGCAUCAACAUGAUCCACAUCAGCCCCCUCAACUGCACCGAGGGGCUCUUCAGAGCAGCAGGACACCUGCUCAAACCCAAGGCGCUGCUGAUCACCUAUGGGCCUUAUGCCAUCAAUGGGAAGAUCACUCCGCAGAGUAACGUGGACUUUGAUCUCACUCUCAGAUGCAGGAACCCCGAGUGGGGGCUGUGGCAGGAGGAGGCUGGCUGGCGGGUUCUCCAGGAGAGGCUCGGUGUCUCUGCUGCCCGCACCACUCCAGGCAGCAUCACUAAGAAAAUCUGGGUCAGAACGGUUCUGGUGACGUGUGACCCCAAGGGGUGA